AUGUCAAUUAAUAGAGAGUGCGAUUUGUCAUGUGAUCCGGCUAACCCCCGGCGCUCUCCGGUACCCGGGCCUGAGAGUGUGAAAUCUGCUACCGAAGACACCACUGGAGUGAGUAACCAGGCUCCGGUGCCUGUAAAUGUUACUGGAAAAAGACUAAUACAACAAGCAUUCCAUCCUAGCUUAUUUAUGACAAGAUCAAGAAGCAAAUCUCUGAGCAACACGCCAUGCUCUAGUAGUGAAGAGGCGUCUGACAAAGGAAUCCAACAGAGCCACUUUAAUGAUACGGAACCACAAAAAGAUAUUACUAUGCACCCUCCUGACUGGCAAAGAGUACCCUCAAUUAGAAACCCCAAAAGGAAAAAACUGGCAUGCACACCUUCACCAGACAAAAUUGAAACAAGCAAUAGCUUUGAUGGACUAACAGUUGACUUAACUGAAGAACAAGCAACGGAGCCAAAGACUAAGAAGCCCAGCAAACCUCCACCGAUUAUUCUAUAUGGUGUUGAAGAUCUGAACAAACUGACAGAACUGCUGGAAUCAGUUACAGAGAAAUCUCAUUUCACUUACAAAAUUAUCAACAGAAAUCAAUUGAAAAUUCUGACCUACGAUGUUGAUAUAUACAAAAUAUUAAUAUCUGUAAUUCGUGAAAACGGUUUGAUUGGACACACCUUUAAUCGGAAAGAUAACAGAAAUUACCGAAUAGUUAUUAGAAACCUACACCACACAACUCCUUUUCAGGCUAUUAAAGCAGCCAUUGAGGAAACUGGUAAUACUGUGACAGGUGAAAUAAUAAAUGCUAAGUUUGGUCCUGAUAAGAUACCUACAACCACCUUCUUCGCAAAUCUUCUACCAGGCCCGAAUAAUAAGGCAGUGAAAAACAUUAAGGCUAUAUAUCACCAAACCGUCAUUAUAGAAGAUCCAAGAAAACGAAAAACAGUAGUACAGUGUCAAAGGUGUCAACAAUAUGGACACACAAAAAACUAUUGCAUGAAACCAUUUCGUUGUGUAAAAUGUGCAGGAGCUCACAAAACCUCAGCAUGUACAAAGACCGAUCGCAAUACACCAGCCACAUGUGCUCUAUGCCUGGGUCCUCAUCCAGCUAACUACAAAGGGUGUGAGGUGUACAAGGAAAUCCUCACCAGGAAAACCAAAAACCAGUAUCCAAGACAAAAGAGAGACAACUAUGCACACAAAAACAGUGACUAUAUAAGAACUCAUCCAAUUAACAUGAAUUCAGUUCAGGACAGACCACCAUCUAACAAAAAUAUAAAGGAAAAGAAAACAUAUGCUGAAACUACCUAUUCAAAGCCCAAUCCACAAGAGCCAGAUAUGCAGUCAACUUCAUUUAAAACAUUAGAAUACAUGUUUAUCAAACAAUCUGAAAAAAUUGAUUUUCUCCUUCAACAAAUGAGUACAUUACUCCAACUAAUUACAACGCUAAUCUCCAAGCCUUCAAAAUAG